GAAGCUGCACGCUGCAGUAAGAGCACAGCAGAAAUGCAGACAAAAGGGGGCCAAACAUGGGCGAGAAGGGCUCUGUUGCUCGGCAUCCUGUGGGCCACUGCACAUCUGCCUCUCUCAGGGACCUCCCUGCCCCAACGUCUCCCAAGGGCCACAGGAAAUAGCACCCAAUGUGUUAUUUCUCCAUCAUCGGAGUUUCCCGAAGGGUUUUUCACGAGACAGGAGCGCAGAGAUGGAGGCAUCAUAAUCUAUUUCCUAAUUAUCGUUUACAUGUUCAUGGCCAUAUCUAUUGUCUGUGAUGAAUACUUCCUACCCUCCCUGGAAAUCAUCAGUGAAUCCCUUGGAUUGUCUCAGGAUGUUGCAGGCGCAACUUUCAUGGCAGCGGGUAGUUCAGCUCCUGAAUUAGUUACUGCUUUCCUAGGUGUAUUUAUCACAAAGGGAGAUAUUGGCAUUAGCACCAUCCUUGGAUCUGCAAUUUAUAAUCUCCUUGGCAUCUGUGCUGCCUGUGGUUUGCUAUCUAAUACGGUCUCAACACUAUCAUGUUGGCCCCUCUUCAGAGACUGUGCAGCGUACACAAUUAGUGUAGCAGCAGUUCUUGGUAUAAUAUAUGACAACCAAGUUUACUGGUAUGAAGGGGCUUUACUGCUUUUGAUAUAUGGAUUGUAUGUUUUGGUGCUGUGUUUUGACAUUAAAAUUAACCAAUAUAUUAUAAAGAAAUGCAGUCCUUGCUGCGCCUGUCUUGCCAAAGCUAUGGAGAGAAGUGAACAACAGCCACUGAUGGGCUGGGAAGAUGAAGGUCAACCAUUCAUUCGUCGGCAAUCAAGAACUGAUAGUGGAAUAUUUUAUGAAGAUUCUGGCUACUCUCAGCUCUCUAUAAGUUUACAUGGUCUUAGUCAGGUUUCUGAAGAUCCACCAAGUGUUUUCAACAUCCCUGAAGCAGACUUAAAAAGAAUUUUUUGGGUAUUAUCCCUUCCUAUUAUUACAUUACUUUUUCUAACCACACCAGAUUGUAGAAAAAAGUUUUGGAAAAACUACUUUGUGAUAACCUUUUUCAUGUCUGCAAUAUGGAUAUCCGCAUUUACAUAUAUCCUGGUUUGGAUGGUCACAAUAACUGGGGAAACACUAGAAAUUCCCGAUACAGUAAUGGGCCUUACUUUAUUAGCAGCAGGAACAAGCAUACCAGACACAAUUGCAAGUGUGUUGGUUGCAAGAAAAGGGAAAGGAGAUAUGGCUAUGUCUAACAUCGUGGGAUCCAAUGUGUUUGAUAUGUUGUGCCUUGGUAUUCCAUGGUUUAUUAAAACUGCAUUUAUAAAUGGAUCAGCUCCUGCAGAAGUAAACAGCAGAGGACUAACUUACAUAACCAUCUCUCUCAACAUUUCAAUUAUUUUUCUUUUUUUAGCAGUUCACUUCAAUGGCUGGAAACUAGACAGAAAGUUGGGAAUAGUCUGCCUAUUAUCAUACUUGGGGCUUGCUACAUUAUCAGUUCUAUAUGAACUUGGAAUUAUUGGAAAUAAUAAAAUAAGGGGCUGUGGAGGUUGA